UGGACAUGUUGCUGGGUGCUGAGGUGUAUGGACUGACCCUGACAGAGGGUAUUGUACGUAAUCCGACGUCCACGCUGACAGCACAGAACACCGCUUUGGGCUGGAUCCUGUCAGGAAGAACACAAGUCACUCGUGGGACGAGGAAGUGACUUCCAACUUGCUGACAGAGUGGAAUGAGUUCCGUGAGCAGCUCCCGGUUCUCAACGACUUCAUCAUGCCAAGAUGGGUUGGCGUCAGGCAAGACGCGAGUGAUAUCCAGCUGCAUGGGUACUGCGACGCCUCCAACGACGCUUACGCAGCAGUCGUAUACCUGAGGGUAGUGGAUCAUGAAGGUAAUGUUACUGUCCAUUUAGUCGCAGCCAGAACGAAGGUCUGUCCAAUCCGCCAAAUUUCCACACCCCGACUUGAACUUUCCGGAGCAGUACUCUUAUCCAAACUGCUGGCAGAAGUAUCCACUGUCUUAUCCAUGCCAGUCAGUCAUUGCAGGGCUUGGACAGACUCAACCAUAGUCCUCGCAUGGCUUCAAGGUGAGCCGAACCGUUGGACAACGUUUGUUGCCAAUCGCGUCACUGAGAUCCUAUCCAUACUAAACCAUGAUCAGUGGGCGCAUGUAGAAUCCACCAGCAACCCGGCAGACUGUGCAAGUCGAGGAAUGUCACCAUCUGAUUUCAUCCAAUUCGAGUUGUGGGUCCAUGGCCCAGCUUGGCUACAUGACCCUAACUACCAGCAUCCAACAUCCGAGCCCGUAUCCACUGAGCUAGAAGCAAAGCCCAUGAAAGUCCAGGUAUGUACAGUUUUAUCCCCUGCUCAGCCAUCCGAAGAGUUGAGUGCUUGGACUAAAUACUCAUCUUUAACAAAGGCAGUAAGAGUAGUAGCUUACUGUCUCAGAUUUUGUAAAAAACUGAAAGGAGAAUCUUUUCCAUCCUAUCUGACCGCAAGAGAGCUUGAUAAUGCCUUGAAGGUAGGUAUUAAAGCAAGUCAAUUGUCAGCCUUUCCCCGGGAGUUAACUAACCUGAAUAACUCUAAUCCACUUCCCCGGAGAAGCAUUAUCUUAUCAUUGUGUCCCUUCUUGGACGAGGAUGGCAUUAUGAGAACGCGAGGUAGGAUUGAGCAUAGCGAUCAUUCUUAUAAUGUAAAGCAUCCUAUCAUAAUGCCUCAUGACCAUCACUUGUCAAAGCUGAUUGUGAGCGACGCUCACUCAAGGACUCUCCACGGAGGCCCCCAACUCACCCUAAAUUAUGUAAGAUCCAAGUUUCUAAUUAUUAAUGCCAAAAGCUUGAUUAGACAUAUUUUAAGUAAAUGUGUGAGAUGUAUAAAGUACAAAGUCACCAAAACUCAACCCUUCAUGGCUGAUUUACCCAGUAGCAGGGUGACUGUUGCUCGACCGUUCCACCGCACCGGGUGCGACUAUGCAGGCCCUAUAAAUAUCAGAAUAUCCAAAGGUAGAGGAUGCAAGAGCUAUAAGGGCUAUAUAGCACUGUUUGUAUGUAUGGUAACCCGUUGUAUCCACCUGGAGGCAGUAAGUUCACUUACCACUGAAGGGUUUCUAGCUGCUUAUAGACGGUUCGUGGCACGUCGAGGACCCUGUAAGGAGAUUUGGAGCGACAAUGGGUCCAACUUUGUCGGUGCAUCCAAGGAACUGCGCAUCCUCUUCCAGCAGGGCGAGGCUUCUGUCAUGAAAGAGGUUGCUGAGGCCUUAGCUAAUGAAGGUACUGAAUGGCAUUUUAUUCCACCCCGGGCUCCCAAUUUCGGUGGACUCUGGGAGGCGGGUGUCGCCUCUACUAAAUAUCAUUUGAAACGGGUCCUAGAUGGCACCACUCUCACGUUUGAGGAGUUAUCAACGGUUUUAGCACAGGCUGAGGCUUGUCUAAACAGUAGGCCCAUGUACCAGCUGCCAUCAAAUGAAGUGGACACGAGUCCACUCACCCCGGGACACUUUCUAGUUGGCGAAGCUCUGGUAACCGCGCCAGAUCGCAACUAUGAAGAUUCUAAAAUCAGCCCUUUACAUAGAUGGCAGCUCACCCAGAAGAUUAUGCAGCAGUUCUGGCGAAAGUGGUCUCAGGAGUACCUAACAACGCUCUAUCAGAGGUACAAAUGGACUAAGGUGACCCCAGAGCCACAGGUAGGUGACGUAGUGUUAGUCAAGGAGGAUGAUCUCCCGCCCUCGAUGUGGUUAUAUGGGUUAGUACAAGAAAAGCACCCUGGUCCAGACAAUGUCACUAGAGUCGUUACCUUAAAAUGUAAACAUUCCAAACUUAUGAGACCUGUUUCCAAAUUAAUAGUGUUGCCUGUUGCCAACUAGUAUUAUUUGUCAUGUAGUUAAAGUUAUAGUUUCCUGUAUUCUUAUUUUGCUACCAGUCAGAGCAAGACUAAGAGUAUGUUAUUAAUAUGUGUUAAAUUUAGUUGUAGGUACCCAAAUGGUACUGUAAAAUUCAUAUGGUUGAUACUGUUACUGUAUAACUUUAGGUUCUUACUCGUAAUGAAGUUCCUACAAGGUUGUUACUGAAGUCUCUAUUAAUACUUCUAAAUUCUACUAGUAUGUAAAACUAUACAAGUGUACUUAUUCAAAAUGACUGAUAGGAAAGAGUACUAAUUGUAUAAAUAUUGUAAUAGGUAUACUUAUAAGUUUUUAUUUUUUCUAAAUUACAUUUAUGUGUUAUGUAGUAAUUAAAGGGUUUUUAACCUUCAGGUGAUUUCUGGAUACUCACUUUUACGGGUAUGUUAGUAAAUGUUAGUUAACAUGCUAAAGUUAGCAUACAAUGUUACUUGUCUUAGUCAGCCUGUUUUCUCUAUCUCUAUAGAUUGUAAUCAAAGUUGUUCAUGAUCUCUGCCUUAUAGACUGGUGAACAGUGUAUUUGUAUUGUUUAUGUUUAAAAAAUUUAGAUGGAGUGCAAAGUUAUCUAUUGAUGUCAUGUUAACUCGUUUUCAUGUUAGUUUAGUACGUUAGUAAUGUUCAGUUCCUAAACCUUGUUAUGUAUGUACUGUUGUAUGAUGUCAUGGCGGGCGGUAGGAAGAACAUACUGUUCUUGGCGGGCGGAAUGUUUAAGCGUUAUAAGUAAUUGCGAUUUAUUGUCAACAUAGUUUUUUUUGGUAUCUCAAACGGCGCCACACGCCCAUAGAUAGUGUCAAUUCUUUCAUCGCUCUCGCUCUCUCUAUCAAAAAUGGCUGCACGCGUAAGUCCAUAACUCUGUGUUAAAAAUAAUAAAAUUAGUUUUAGUGCACAAAUAUUGUGCUUCAAAAAUGUGAAAGUCGAAAUAAAAGACUAUUGUGUUAAA